GACUCCGACGGCCGUCGGCACCGACGGGAGCGCGCCGGAGGCUGGGUGUCGACACGGCGGCAGUGUGCUGGGGACAGUGAGAGAGGGACUGUGCUGCUGUGGUGGACCGAACUGUGUGUGAAGCUGCGAUCGGCUGUGCCCGCAGCGGGAUGUGAAGGACGGAGACGGUGGAUGAUUGGUAAUUUUACGGUGUAACGGUGCUGGAGGCAAGGCUGGUGAACGUGGAGAUAUUGCAAAGAUGGCGCUGGUGCUGCUGCCGUGUGACCUGCCGAACUGGCCCACCGUACAGCGUCACCUGACCAAGGUCAAGGACGCGCAGAACGCCGAGCAGCUCGUCGAGAUCAUGCACAGGCUCCACGACCUUUGCAACGUUGGCCUUGACCCGACCGACGACCCCGUUGACCCGGCCCGAUUUGAGGGGCUGCGUCUGUACGUGGGUCAACUGGCGGCAGCGGAUCGCACCAAACUGUUCCGCACCACGCUGCCGUGCAUGGUCAACUACGCGCUCAAGCUGAGGAUCUUCAAGCCCCGCGAGGGCCUUCAGUAUAGCCUACAGCAGCAGGCUGGGACCGUUGAACUCGAUCGAAGGUUCAUCGCCUCGCUGGUGGCCAACUGCUUCUUCAGCACCUUCCCGAAGCGGUCGUCCAUCUCGCACCCGACGCUGCUCGAUGUCAACUUCUCCGCGUUCUUCUACUAUUUAAACAGCCCAUGGCAGCGUGUCAAAUUUGAGGCGAUCCUGUUGUACUUUGAAGCUCUUUCAGAAGCGGAACCUACCGGUCUUGUCACCUACACCAGAAAGGUGAUGAGCGGCCGCGAGUUCGCCAGUCUGGCCGACUGGCUGGGCUGCUCCAAGCCUCUCUGCCCGGUGGUGGUUCGCGACACGGGCAGAAUAGAGGACGCCGAGCCGGGCCUCAGUCAGGUCUGCUUCCUCAGCCCGCAGCCGGGCGGCGACACGCUCAGAGACGGAAGGUCACAGGAGUCUCUGAGCCACGCCAGUCACCCGGAGCUGCUGGCGUCGGCCAUCUUCCAGGAGCGGCUCGAGGAUAACGAGUCGCUGGCGGUGUCGGGCUGCGUCAGGUCCUGUCAGAUGGCGGUCAACUCCUCCGGAGCGCCGCACCUCACCCGACUGACGGCGUCAGCUAGGAGCGCCUCAGCCAACGGCCAAAUCUGCUGUGUGGACGCCGAGAGUUACACCACUCUGCCCGCUGCUCAAUACGACGAGGACGCCAUCCUUCGGGAGCUCAACAAGGCCUACCUGGGCUUCCAGCAGCCGAAGGUGACCAAGCGACUGAGUCCGAUCGGGGAGUCAAACGGCCCCAGCCGGCAUGUGUCCGUUUCACCCGCCCUCAGUGAGGUCGGAGAGACCCCGGAACUGGUCAACGGCGGCGCGAGCGGCCUCCACAACAGUCGGACGUCCCACGGAGUGCCCAUGUCACCGCUGGCCGCACCCCCACCGGAGGUACAGCCCUCGCCACAGGCGGAGUGUGAGGAGCCGGGGAGCCGCGGCGUGCCGCUCCGCCGACCGGCCACCAUCGGCGGGCCGACCACAGAGCCCCCUGCUGAGGGGUCACCGAGCGGGUCAGGUGGAGCCACCAGACAGAGCGUGCUCCGACUCAUCGGACAGAUGCAGCGAUUCAUUGAGCGUGAGCUGGGCCAGCUUGGUCAACAAGCCAACUCGCAAAUCGUCUCACAAAUCAUGUCCCGGAUUCGGACAAUCGAGCGAAGUCAGUUGGUGAGACUUCUGAGCGCAGAUACACCCGCCCAACCUGCCACCGAGCUGGGUGAACUCCCGAACUGCGAUGAGGACGCUUUGUUGACUGUCUGCGAGGCGCUGAUGACUGAUCAGGUACCGCUAGAGCCCCUGGACGGAGACUACUUCGAAUGGAAGCUGGAGGAGUUGGCUCAGGAGCGGUGCGCGGAGCUGCCUGGAGUCGGAGCCGGGAGCCGAGCGGAGCAGGGAGGGGAGCCGGAGCAGACGGAGCCGGGAGCGGACGUUCGAGGGGCCCGCGGCAGGACGGCCUCGGUGGAUACGGAUGCGUUCUUCAGUGCCUGCAGCAGUGUGGACGACAGCUGCUCACAAGACGGCCGGAGCGCGGACAGCGGCUGGAGCGGCUCGCCGCCGCGGUACCGUCGCUCCGUGUCGCCCGGCCGGCCUCCUCUAGGCCCCCCGCGGCGCCGCAGCACCUUCCGGGACCGGCUGGAGGAGGCGAACCGGCGCGCCGAGCGGGAGGAGCUGGCCGACAGCCGCGACUCGACAGAGGACGAGCACACGGUGGCCACCGCCGUCCGGCCCGUCGCCGCCGCCGCCGUCAGCGUCAUCCGAGCCAACCCGGCCGUCACCGCGGCGUCGGCCGCCGCCGGACGCGCCGCCACCGCCGCCGAUGACGGCGAUGACGGAAAGAUGAGUCGCGCCGGCUCGUCGGUCGGUGAGUACCUGGACGAGGUAGCCGACCAGCUCACAAACGGCCGGCGCUGGGCCAGCCGGCUCCGCGGCAAGAGCCGCAGCCUGACCGGCAACAGCUCUCGCCUGAGCUUCAGCUCCGACUUCAGCUCUGACGUGGAGGAGUUGUGUGACAAGUUUGGCCACUGGCUGGAGGAGCCCGGCGCCGAGCUGGGACCGCGAGACCUGGCCGUCAUGCGGGUCACCCAGCGCAUGCUCAAGAGGACGCUGUCGGAUACAUUCGCCGGCAGUGUGAUGGACAUGGAGCAGCUGGACACUGCGUGUCACAUCCCCAGCGCCAGCGGACUCAGUCAUAGAUUGGAGUCUGACGCCCGACAGCGGAAGCGCGCCUGUGCCCGAUCUCUGAGCCUCUCCGAUCAGUGGGCGAGGGAGAGGCUCGCCCUGGAGGUGGCCAGAAAACUGGUAGAGCCCUCGCCCGACCAGCCCUCUGCUCCCGUCUGCGCCAAGCCCAGCUCCAGCUCCGUGGUGGAACUCCUCGAGGCCGCGCACGCCGCCACCCUGCGUCAGGAGCGGCUCUGCCCUGCCAUCUACCGGUACUUGGAGGAACUAGCCAGCCGCCUGGUUCCCGAAUGUGUCCACGAGAGCGCCCUGCUGUUGCGGUUUCACCUUGCUAAACACCGGCGCGCCUACCGUAAGAUAUCAGCUCGACCGGAGCGGAAGCUGACCGAGUUCCCGCGGCGGCCGCCGGCGGCGCCACCGUCGCCGCCUCCCGCUCCGCCGCCCACCGGGCCUCUCCCGCUGGACGAGGCCACUGUGGAGGGAUUCAGCUGGACCCUGGUCGAGCGGCUGCUGGAGGAGACGAUCCGCCAGCUGCCCAGCCCCCGCCGGCAGCUGCUGAAGCGGCUCAUCAGCGGCCGAGCAAUCUCACUCGACCGCAAGAAGGGCAUUCUGAAGAAGCCGCGCUCGGCGGUGCCGCGGAGUCGGAGCAGCACCUCCGACAGGCCGCCGCUGCAGGGGAGUCCGGAGGGUGCCCCCAGCAGCGGGCUGCCUGGCCAGACGGGCCGACCGGAGGCGCAGCGACGCAAGAGCCGGCGGGAGAGCUUUCUGGAGUCUCGAGCCGCCGCGGCGGCCGCCGCAGCCUCCGCCGGUGGUGCCGCGGAGGACGCCGUCGAGCCACCCGACUCGGGCCGGCCGGCGGUCACGGGCAACUGGGGCUGCGGCCGGCGCCACGGCGGCGACCCCCAGCUAAAGGCGGCGCUCCAGUGGCUGGGAGCCAGCCGCGCUGAGCUGCCCUGUCUCAUCUACUACACCUGCGGCAACGCGGCCGUGCAGACGCUCCAGUGGGUGUGCAGUACAGUCACCGACCGACACUGGACGGUCGGGGAGCUGGCCGCGGCCGUCCUGUCUCACUGCCACCGCAGACUGGAGGCCGCUAAACGCAGCGCCAGCAGGCAAAGAACGGUGGCCACUCCUGGGGACCUGUUUGAGGACCUGCUGCGGUCGGAAGUGCCGCCAACAGCAGAGGCCACCUUCAAAACCCGCAUACCUUCCCUCGACUGAGGCCCACGGCCUGAGGGCCUUAGAGGCGCCGUCUGAGGACCUCAGCGGACCGUCGGAGGCCGCACCCAAGCGUCCAGCUGCGGUGUAGUGAGUUGUGAAUUGUGAUCCCCGUGGGCCCGAUAGUGUUCCAGGAACCGACUGAGGUCCCCGUAUUGACCAAUGGUCCCUGGUCGGACCAGUGGUCCUCAGGCCGCCAAUGGUCCUCGUAUCGACCACGUGGUCCUCACUGGUCCGGGCGGGACACGUCUGGUCCCACGUCCCAGGCCUCAGUGAGUCCCGCUAGCAUCCGGGGGCCCUCGUACCGCCCUUUGUAGUGCAUUCCCAACCCCAAGUCGGCCGUCCCUCCUAGGAGUCGGACGUCCCCGUCCGCAGAGAUGCAAACUCCCAGUGGAGAUGAAGAUUGUGAGACAGUCGUCCCCGCGGGCGACAGUGAUACAUGCAAUAAUGAUGAUACGCGGGAGGCGCCGCGUGUUAGAUAUGAUUUACAUGAGCUGAAUGUCACAUUUGUAGGUUGUGCGAUAUAUUAUGUGCAUGUUUUCCUACCCUCCCAUGAUUCCCCAUGAGCGCUUCCACUGCUGUGUCGGUAAUGCCCAGAGGAUGUUGUGGGAAACGUUAGUGCGUUUUGAUGGACGCCGUACCGAUCUGUAGUAAACCAAACGUCCCGUGUCGAGCCGUCCUAUUCAACGAAUAUGGGCCGGACCGCGCGUUUUUAACGCGACGUGCCGCUUGUUACGAGACGUGCUUCAUGCUUGGAUGCCCUGCGCUCGUCGUGGCGUGUCGUAUAUCACUCGAUCGUGAGUUAUGAAAUAAAGAUACGGU